UUUACAUCUCUCCAUUUCCUAACGCAAGAGUCCCCGCAGGGCAAAUAAACCAGUCAAUUCACCGGCCUCUGGCACCAUGAGUGUCUAUGACGAAAUAGCAGAAAAGAUGGGCGAUGACGAGUGGUGCAAGUGGAAAGAGCAGGUCCUAAACGCAAAGGAUGAAAUCGCACACUUCGUCGCCCGCUAUCGACCCGGAAGCCAAAAUCCAGAGGUUAUCGAUUGGAUGGGAGGCUCAUUCAACCUCUGCUUGCGAGUCAUGUUCAGCGAUGGUGGCCCGGAUGUCAUGAUUCGUUUCCCAGGGCUAGGACACUCAGUUUUUCGGGAUGAGAAGACGCUGAAUGAGGUCGAGAUAAUCAAUUUCAUUCACGAAAACACUACGAUCCCAGUUCCACGCCUGCUAGGCUGGGGCUUGACUAAAGAUAGCCCGCGCCAGCUUGGACCUUUCAUCAUCUCUGAGUUUGUACAGGGAGUUAGCUUAAGCAAUAUUCUAUCCGACCGGACUGAUGCGCAGAAGCUCUGGCUGAACCCGAAGAUCGAUACGCAAAUCUUGGACACCGUCUAUGAGCAAAUCGCUGGUUUUAUGCUCCAGCUUUAUCAGUUCAAUUUCUCCAGCAUCGGGGCCAUCUCAAAGGACGCUGCUUCACGCAGCUGGUCUGUUAAAAGGAGGCCCUUGACUUACAGUAUGAACGAAUUGGCAACGACUACGUUUUAUCCUAUUGAUAAAUUCCCAACCACUCCAUUCAACUCUUCGAGCGACUACUUCAAGUCUCUCACACAAUCAUACAUGACCCACCUCCGCACUCAGCGCAAUUUCUGCACCAAUCCUAAAGCUGCUGAGGAGCUGUAUGUCUCCCGCCAUCUUUUCACGCAACUCGUCCCUAAAUAUUCUAUCAACGACCGCGGCCCCUUUAAACUCUUCUGCGACGAUUUCCGCUGUCAAAAUAUGUUAGUAGACCCAAAAACCCUCCGUAUCACAGCUGUGCUAGAUCUAGAGUUUACAAAUGCCAUGCCUGAGCAAUACGCAUCUGAGUCGCCGUGGUGGUUACUUCUUGUUGGACCAGAGGCGUAUCUUUCCCGCGGUCGGACCAUGGCAGAGUUCAAGGCUGCCUACGAGCCUCGCUUAGAGCAGUUCCUGCGAGCGAUGCAGCGAGCUGAAAGAGCAAAGGGGUUGGCGAUCAACGAGAGGAGUCUUUCGAGUCUUAUGUUGGAAUCGUGGCAGACGAAUAGGUUCUGGUUUAAUUUUGCGGCGCGGAAGCCGAUCGAUGUUGAGGUCCUCUUCGACAACUGUCUGAAUGAGGACGGCGCUGGGUUGGAGUCGCUGGACAAGGACGCACGCGCGGGAUUGAGUCCGUUCGUCAAGAUGAAGAUGGAGCAGGUGAGGGCGUACGACAGGGAUUGCAAGCAAUUGCUUUGAGGAGUUCGGAAGCUCUUGGGUAUCUUGUUUCAAAUCUGAUUUUGACCAACCGCUUAAGUUUGACUCGUGAAAGUAUGAGCAUUGGCAGCUCAAGCUGCAAAUGCGAAGCA